CACCAUAUUUAUAAAAAUAUAAUCGACCUUGUUCAAGUAAUUAUUAAAUAAAAUUAUAUUUUUAACUCUUUGAUUGUGCCUACAGACGUUUUUGCAACCGGAACCGCUCUCUUAUGCGAAUAGCGCCGAUCGGUGCCCGAUACAAAAUGUUUGCGUAAAACAAUUAGUGUAAAACAAUAAAACAAGAAAUUUAUUUUAAUUAUUAGGUACGUGUCGCGUCUUGCACGACUUGUGUUCGCAGUAGGCCAAGGAUUGAUUGUCACACUGUGCGGUCAAAGUUAAACUCUAUUGUUAUUAAAUCUACAAUUACAACUAUUAGAAUUCAUUAAGCUUUCUCAAUCUUCGUUAUUGAGAAAUGUAUCCCAAGAUUGCGAUAUCUAUCAGUUAAAGGACUGAUCGAAGAUAAAGAGAAAUCGAAAUAGUUGGAAGCACAUCGAAUUGCGCGCAGUGCAAAAGAGAGUGUUCACAGAAAACAACGGAAAUGUGGUUCCAACAAUUAAUUCUGACUGUAUUAGUUUUAAGUGUUAAUGGCCUCGUCCAGAAUUCAGAAGAUAUAGACGUGAACUCGUUUUCAAAUGAAAUUAAAUUAUGGACGCAGUUGCACCAUGAGAGAGAAUUAUUCAAAGAUAUGAUAAAUUCUUUGAAGAUUCCUACAGAACUACAGAACUCGGACUGGAGAACAUUUUCAACGAACGCAAGCUCUAAAAUAUGUACAAUAUGUCGUGGAAUUUUAGAAGUAUUUAUCAAUUUACGACGUAAAGGAAUGUCUGAAGAAGAUAUAAGAAAUAAAAUAAUUAAAUUAUGCAUACUGUUCAAUAUUCAAAAGGAAAACGUUUGCAAAGGAACUAUUGAUUUAAAUUUGCCUAUCAUUUUAUACAUAAUCGAUUCCAAACCAAAUUUGACGGCUACUACAAUUUGUGGUGUGGUCCUAGAAUCAAAAUCUUGUCCCUUGACUGAUCCUGAAUUUGACUGGACUAUUGAUGUUAAUAACAAUUCUCAUGCAUUACUUAAGGAAAAUGAAACACAAGACGAAAUAAAAAUUCUACAUAUAACAGAUAUUCAUUAUGAUCCUCUAUAUGAACCGAAUGGUAAUUCAAAUUGUGGAGAACCACUUUGUUGUCGAAAAGGACAAAAUAAACCUGAUAUGACUUCAUCCGCUGGCUUUUGGGGAGAUUAUAACUCUUGUGAUACUCCAUGGCAAGCGGUCACUGAUGCUUUAGAGCACAUGAAAGAUACACAUCAGGAUAUAGAUUUCAUAUACUUUACUGGCGAUAUCGUAGAUCAUGGAGUAUGGGAAACUUCAAAGGAAGGAAAUAUACAAAGUCUUACAAAAAUUUAUGAAUAUAUCCAUAGUGUUUUUAAUAAUACUAUAAUGUAUCCAAUACUUGGAAAUCAUGAAUCAAAUCCUUUAAAUCAAUUUGCACCAAAAAAUAUAACACAAAACAAUUUAACUACAAAUUGGCUAUAUAAAUUAGUGGCAGAUCUGUGGAUUGGAUAUGGAUGGUUACCAGAAUCUGCACGAUCUACUAUAUCCCAAGGAGGAUAUUAUACUGUUGUUCCCAAAAAAGGGUGGCUUUUGUAUAAUCCAAAAGAUCCUGAUAAUCAAUUACACUGGUUUACAACUAUUCUUUCUGAAGCAGAAAAGAACAAUGAAUUUGUACACAUUUUAUCACAUAUACCUCCUAAUAGUAAUAGCUGUCUAAAAACGUGGGAACGAGAAUAUUUAAAAAUAAUCAAUAGAUUCUCACAUUUAAUAAAAGCUCAAUUCAAUGGCCAUACUCAUAAUGAUGAAAUAGCAAUAUUUUAUAAUUCUGAUAUGAAAGUAAACAAUGUUGCUUGGAAUGGUGGUAGUAUAACAACUUAUACAAAAUUGAAUCCAAAUUAUAAAAUAUACACAGAAGUAGCUGAUUAUCAAAAUUGGAUGUACGACCUCAGUUCUGCCAAUAAAAACAUUCAUGUAAGACCAAAUUGGUAUAAAUCGUAUUCCUUUAAAACAGAAUAUGGUCUCCCAGAUUUAUCUGUUAAAUCUUUAAAUAAUUGGCUCACUGGAGUAGCAAAGAAUGAAACACUAAUAAACAAGUAUUAUAGGUAAAUUUAAAGAUCAUUAAAUAUUGCUAAAUCAUAGUAAUUUAUUAUAAGAACUUAUUUUAUCAUUGUUUCAGGAAUUUUUAUAAGCAAGCUGAACCUUCUUUAGAAGAAACCUGUGAUAUAAAUUGUAAAAAGAAACUUUUAUGUAGAGUAAUUGUUCAGUCAAAAAAAAAAAUGCUAUGCGAUAGUAUUUUAACUUCUUCAGUACAUGUUUUAUAAAAAGAGUUAUAAGUGUGUAAUAUAUGUUUUUAAUAAAUAAAAGAAAUAAUGUUUCUCAAUAUCAAGUUAUAUUAAUGAUUUAAAAUAAUAAAUAACAUUACUAAAAAUUAUAUUAAUAAUAAUUUAAAUUAAUAUUAAAUAUAUAGACAUAUAUAUUUGAAGUAUAUAUAUAUAUGCAUUGUCAACUUUAAUCAUGAUUGUCAAUUUUAAUUCAUAAUAUUGUACUGAAGAGACUUGAAGGAUUAAAUUAUUAUAAUCGAAAUAAGAGAUCAAAUUUUUUCAUAUAAUAAUUUUAAUACAUUUGUAAUAUGAUUUUACCUAAUUAAAAUUUACAAAUUCUUAAUAGCAUCCAUAAGCUUCAUUUAAUAUUUUACAAAUCUAUCCAUUUCGCUAUUGAUUUAUCAAAAACUUUUUCUGAUGGAAUUUUAUCAAACGCAUUAAUCUAAAAGAAAAAUAAUAAAUCAAUCAAAAAUAAAUCAAAUUAUUAUAUAGUAUUUCAUAGAAAACAAUAGUACUUUCUAAUUACCUGUUUUCUAACAUAAAUUAAAAGUCUCUCUAGCUGUUCAGGAUUGUUACACUCUAAGAUAAAAAACCUUCUCCAUAAUGCACUAGCUAGUACUUUGUCAUCUGACAUAAUACCUUCAUCAUAACCAAUUAUAGCUGCAUUAAAUUGAUAUGAUAAGUCCAUUAGCUGUUUCUUUUUUGUUUUUUCAGUCAUUGGCUAAUAAAAAAAAGUUAUAAACAUUUUAUGUUACAAAUUGAUUAACAAGUAUCAAAUUUUAUGUAAUAAAAAUUAGAAUAGAAAUUAGAAAUAUAAAACUUAAACAUAGAAGGUUAAAAUUGAAAUAGAUCAAAAAUAAAUAAUAAUGCAUAAUUUAUUAAUUACUUACACCCAGUAGACCUAUUCUUACAGUAAUGUCUUGCCACAUAGCUUCAAUUAUAUUUUUUACAACCAGUUCACCUUUUUUUCCUUCGGCCAUAAAACGUACCAUUAACAUCCAAACAUGUAGUUCUGUGAUUAGGAACCAUGAGAAAAAUGUAUCUGACAUAUUAAAAUCUAAUAAAUAAAAAUAAAUUAAAUAAUUAUAAAAUUAUUAUAUACAAUGAGACUAUAUUAAAUCAACAAGAACUUAAGAACAAUGAUAUACCUUUGAAAAAUAUUGAAUAAUUAAGUCUGUCAGGAAUGUCAUCAUAUAAUUCAUAACCCAAUGCACUUAAGUUCUAAAAUACAAAGAAAUAUAAAUUGGGUUAAAUAUUAGAAGUACGUAUAAAUAUAAUUUUGAAUAAAAUGAUUGAUGCUGAACAAUUAUACUUACGUAUCUUUGUUUAUAAAGAUCAAAUCUAUGUGACAAGUUUUUAAUUACUCCAAAUUGACUUAUUGGUUUGAUUAGAUUUUUCGAUACUUGUGCAUUUUUAUAAAAGUAACGAAACUGAGGUCUUAUUAAAAUAUUUCUAUUAUUAUCAAUGAACUUACAUCUUGUAAUGUACUUCAAUGUUGACGAUAAUGGUGUCUUUCAUCACAAAUUAGUUCACAUCAUCCAUUAGAUCAAGAAAGAAGAAUUUAAUUAAUUAGAUAUAAAUAUAAAAUAUAAAAACAACAAUUAAAUUAUUUUUUACUAUUAAUGAAAUAAUUAAACCAAGGCAGUACAAAUAAAUAAAUAAAAUAUAUGAAAAAUAUAAAUUUAUAAAAAGACUUGAAAAUGCAUAUAAUAAACUUUUGUAUAUUAUUAAAAUUUAUAUAUUUGUAGAUUUAUAAAGUUAGUCAAUAUGUUGAUACAAUUGAUUACAUAGGAUGGAUAUAAAUCAUUAUAAUGAAUGUCAUUGUAAUGAUAAAUUUAAAUGAAUGAAUGAAUCAUGAAAAUAUAUAAAAAGGCAAAAGUAACAAAAAAAAUUAUUUAUAACAUAAGAAAUUAAAAUUAUUUACUAUUUUUAGCUGUUAACUAUCAUAACCUCCAUUAUAAAUGAAAAUAUGAGAUUUAACAGUUAUUUACCUUUCUUACACAGUGCAUCAUUCUGUUAUAUAUAUUUAAACUUUGUAAUAUAAUAUACUAUAAUAUAAAUACAUGUGACAUGUAAUUUUUAAAUUUUUAAAUUGAGAAAAUUAUAAGCCCUACGUGCUUUUCAAAUACAAACAUUUUUCACCACAUGAAUCUGAACACAAGCGCGGUAAUAUUUGAAACUAUGCGUUGCGAUAUGAACUAUGAUUUUACUAAAAGAUACUUUUUUGCAAGUGGUAUUUAGUCUCGAUAUUUAAAAAUUACUAAUUAUUAGAAAUUUAUUGUAUACUAAAAAUUAUAAAUAGCUUUUUUAAAAUGAUAAGUCUUCUACUUCUCAAUAUGUAAUGAUAAUUUUGAUAAUUUUGUUUUAUAUAUAAACUUUCUUCGAUGCAUGUAUUUGUAACAUGUUCCAUAUUUUCAAGUUUUCAAACGUUGAUAAAAUGAUAUUUAUUAUAAUAGGUACAUCUAGGCAUAAUUAUAGAUUAUUUUUGAUAAAUAAAUAAAAUUAAAUAUUUCAAUUAAAUAUAUUACCUUUCCUAUUCACUAAUAUUCUUUUAUGCAAAUAUCUUCAGAAUCAUUUUAAUAUUCAGUGGAAUAAAUGUCAAAAAAUGAGGCAAUAUUUUCAAAUUUCAACAUAAGAUUUCAUUAAAAAACAACUAUUUUCUUUUAAAUUCAAUAUGUUUGUUAAAAUCUAAGUAAAAAUCUAAAUUUCUAAAUUUUUUCUAAAAUGCAUUACUUCCUCAAUAAACUUUAAAGAUUUUAACUCACUUGCAGAGAAAUGUAUUAUCUCUUGAAGAAAUUAAAAGCUCUUUACAAUCUCAUUAUGUAUGCUCAUUAUGUAAAUACACAAAUAUACAUGCAUAUCAUACAAUCAAACAAUUACAGUUUUAAAAAUAUUUCUAAAUGAAAUCUUUUCUAUUUCUCUUUAUUACAUUUCUUUUAAUUUAAUUAAACAAUAUUACAGAAGUUUAUUUUUAUUAUUAACUGUGACAACAUAUACACUCAUUAAUUAACAAGAAUAAUGUAUGAUAAGAGUUUAGAAAUAAAUGAAAAAACUUUGAACUAAAUUUUUAGACUUGAAAAAACUCUAGGAAUAUGUAACAAAAAAUUCUGCUUGUUUUAAACAUCUAUUGUUUUAAACAUAAUUUAUAGCUUAGAUUUACUAAACUUUAAUAUAUCUGAUUAUUAAAAAUGUAUUUAGUAUUACAAAUAUAUUAAUUAUUAUAAUUUAUAAUAUAGUUAUCAAAAUUUUAACAAGAAAUCACUAA